GCUGAUGCGGUGGCAGCUGAAGCGGCAGCGGCUGCUGUGGUGGCGGCUGUUGCGUCCGUGGCUGCUGCUGUUGCUGAUGCGGAGGCGGCGGCCACGGCGGCCUCCACAACUUCCGCUCCCCGCCGCCGGGCAUGGGCCUCAAUCAGAACCGCGGACCCAUGGGGCCCGGCCCUGGCCAGGGUGGCCCCAAGCCCCCAUCCCGCCACCGCAUCAGCAACAGCAGCAGCCACGGACGCAACAGCCGCCACCACAGCAGCCGCUGCCGCUUCAGCUGCCACCGCAUCAGCCGCCGCCGCCACAGGACUCGUCCAAGCCCGUUGUUCCUCAGGGACCCGGCCCGGCUCCCGGAGUGGGCAGCGCUCCGCUGGCCUUGGGCGCGGCACCGCCUGCCACUCCUCCGACUACGGGGCCGGGCCCCACCCCGACCCCGCCGCCCGCUGUCAUCUUGGCGCCCCCCGGGGCGCCCCCGCCCGCGCCGCCGAGCAGCGGGGUCCCCACCACCCCGCCUCAGACCGGGGGCCCAGGCCCCGGGCCUAAGCAGGGCCCAGGACCCGGAGGCCGGAAGGGCGGCAAAAUGCCAGGCGGGCCGAAGCCCGGCGGUCACCCGGGCCUAAGCACUCCUGGCGGCCACCCCAAGCCACCGCACGGAGGCGGCGGGGAGCCCCGCGGAGGUCGGCAGCACCACCUACCCUACCACCAGCAGCACCACCAGGGCCCCCCGCCUGGCGGGCCAGGCGGCUGCAGCGAGGAGAAGAUCUCCGACUCAGAGGGAUUUAAAGCCAACUUGUCUCUCUUGAGGAGGCCUGGAGAGAAAACUUACACUCAGCGUUGUCGGUUGUUUGUUGGGAAUCUACCUGCUGAUAUCACAGAGGAUGAAUUCAAAAGACUUUUCGCUAAAUAUGGAGAACCAGGAGACGUUUUUAUCAAUAAAGGCAAAGGAUUUGGGUUUAUUAAACUUGAAUCUAGGGCAUUGGCUGAAAUUGCCAAAGCUGAACUUGAUGAUACACCCAUGAGAGGUAGACAGCUUCGGGUUCGUUUUGCCACACACGCUGCCGCUCUCUCCGUUCGAAAUCUUUCACCUUACGUUUCCAAUGAACUGUUGGAAGAAGCCUUUAGCCAAUUUGGUCCUAUUGAAAGGGCUGUUGUAAUUGUGGAUGAUCGUGGGAGAUCUACAGGGAAAGGCAUUGUUGAAUUUGCUUCUAAACCAGCAGCAGGAAAAGCCUUUGAAAGAUGCAGUGAAGGUGUUUUCUUACUGACAACAACUCCUCGUCCAGUCAUUGUGGGACCACUUGAACAAUUAGAUGAUGAAGAUGGCCUUCCUGAACAACUUGCACAGAAGAAUCCAAUGUAUCAAAAGGAGAGAGAAACACCUCCUCGUUUUGCCCAACAUGGCACAUUUGAGUAUGAAUAUUCUCAGCGUUGGAAAUCCCUGGAUGAAAUGGAAAAACAGCAAAGGGAACAAGUUGAAAAAAACAUGAAAGAUGCAAAAGACAAAUUGGAAAGUGAAAUGGAAGAUGCCUAUCAUGAGCAUCAGGCAAAUCUUCUGCGUCAAGAUCUGAUGAGACGCCAGGAAGAAUUAAGACGCAUGGAAGAACUUCACAAUCAAGAAAUGCAGAAACGUAAAGAAAUGCAACUAAGGCAAGAAGAAGAACGACGUAGAAGGGAAGAAGAGAUGAUGAUUCGUCAGCGUGAAAUGGAAGAACAAAUGAGACGCCAAAUAGAGGAAAGUUAUAGCCGGAUGGGCUACAUGGAUCCAAGAGAAAGAGACAUGAGAAUGGGUGGUGGAGGAGCAAUGAACAUGGGAGAUCCCUAUGGUUCAGGAGGCCAGAAAUUUCCACCUCUAGGUGGUGGAGGUGGCAUAGGUUAUGAAGCUAAUCCUGGAGUCCCACCAGCAACCAUGAGUGGUUCCAUGAUGGGAAGCGAUAUGCGUAUUGAGCGCUUUGGGCAGGGAGGUGCGGGACCUGUGGGUGGACAGGGUCCUAGAGGAAUGGGGCCUGGAACUCCAGCAGGAUAUGGUAGAGGGAGAGAAGAGUAUGAAGGCCCAAACAAAAAGCCCCGAUUUUAGAUGUAAUACCUAGGUUUUCAUUCCAGUUUGUUUUUGUCUUUUCUUGUUUAGAUACCAAUCUUUUAAAUUCUUGCAUUUUAGUAAAAAAGCUACCUUUUUAUGGAUGUUAGCAGUUUAUUGACCUAAUAUUUGUAAAUGGUCUGUUUGGGCAGGUAAAAUUAUGUAAUGCAGUGUUUCAAACGGGAAUAUUUUUUCUUUUUAUUUACUUUUUUUUUUUUAACUGUAUAAUGUCCCUCAAGUUAUGGCAGUGUGCCUUGUGCCACUGAAUUUCCAAAGUGUACCAAUUUUUUUUUUUUUACUGUGCUUCAA